AUGAGGGCGUAUCUAUGCCUGGCACUCUUCGGAGGACUGGCCGUGUCAUCGCCUCUGGUUGGAUCUCAUCCAGAGCCAGCCUCGGAGGAAACAAACACAGUUUCAAGUGGCAUCAGGGACACCACGGCGGAACACCCGGCGAUCUAUAUACACUCUGCCGUGCUCGCGGGCAGAGCCAACGUUCCCUCUCUCGGCGCAGGCAACACGCCACUCCCACGAUCCUUCAAGCGCCAGCAACAACAGGCCCGCGAGCCCGAGUUCAAGCUCAUCAAAGCCAAGGAAGCCGCCACCGCCCCCAUCAUCGGCGUCCCGCCACCCAAGGACAAUGGCCCCCCGCAGCCGCUCAAGCCCCGGCCCGCGUGGAAAGUCGGCGACCCGCUCAGAGCCCGCGCCGGCACCUUCGAGUACGGCUUCUUCUACCGCGGGGACAACCGCCCGCCCGCGCAAAUCUUCAAGGAAGGGUUCACGGGCCGCGGCCACAACGCCAACAUCCUGGACCACCUCAACGGCGUGAGCAAGGACGACUCGGCGUUCGUGUCGGUGACGCGCAGCCGGGACCGCGCCGAGACGUACGCCUUCGGGUCGAGCUUCGCGCCCAAGACGGAGACGGGCUACGUGUACAAGAUUUCGUACCGGGGCAUGCCGGACGGGUACUUCAUCCCGCAGGCCAAGAGGGACCCCAACCUCGAGUUCAUGACGCCGGGGCGUAUCCCGCGGGAGACCAUCGUCGGGUGCUCCGAGGUGCGCAAGGGGGCCGGUUUGGGCGCCGUCGAAGAGGUGAAGUGGACCAGGAAUCCAAAGUACAAGUACUACUGGCAGGACAAGAAGCCGCGGUUGAAUGCUAUCUGCGGUGGCAAGAAGCGGGAGGAGUGCGGCGAAGGGGCGGGCAACAACCCCAAGGCCGAGGAGGAGAAGGAGGUCCCCCACCAGGGAGUCGGUCCCGACGAGGCAGACAAGGCACAACACGGCACGGACAACGAGGCGGAGGGGGGUGAAAAUGCGAAGAAGGGGAAGAAGCCUACGGGGGGUAAACCCGGUCCCAACGAAGUGCACGAAGACGCAGAGCCACCGCACCCGGGAACCAAACCGGGGGCCACGCCGGGCCAGACUCCAUGGUACGAAACCGCCUCGGCAAACGCGCUCCUCCAAUGGGCCACGGAAAUAACCCCCAAGUCCUUCGAGCCCCUCGUCAAGGACCUCCAAGCCGGCACCAUCAACGAGUCCGACCUCGUCAUCUGCUUCACACAAGCCUGCUCCCGCGCCAUCUCCCGGCGCUACGAGGCCUUCUCCACCCCCGAGGCGGCGCUCGAAUCCCUCAUCCACCUCUUCACCGACGCCGCCGCCGCGGCGCGCAGCCGCACCGUCCCCGCCGGCUUCUGGAUGGCCGUCGUCGAGGAGAUGCCCGCCGUGGCGAGGAGGGUCCACGCCGCCAAGACGCCCGAGGAGAAGAUGGCCAUCGCGCGGCGGAACCUCGACCCCGUGGUGCGGGUUUGGCUCAAGACGCCCCUGGGGGCCGGGUACGAGGCCUUGGCGAGCAGGACGGCGCGCCAUGGGAACCCGGGGCGGCAGCUUGUCGAUACCUUUGUCGACGCGUGGGAACAUACGCCGGCGAAGGCGAAGGCGAAGAAGAAGAAGAAGAAGAAGAAGAAGAAGAAGAAGAGCAAGAAGAAGAAGAAGAGGAAGAGGAAGAGGAGGCUUGAUACUUGGCCUUCUUCUUGUCUCUGA